AGAAUCCGCUCGCAGAACAUCGUGCCCUGCACCGUGUCGCAGCUGCUGGCAGCCGAGCAGGUCGAUGAGACCUUCCGGAUCCGCGACGUGGAGAUCUCCCAGGUCACCAUUAUGGGGAUAAUUCGGCAUGCUGAGAAAGCACCGACAAACAUUCUCUACAAAGUGGACGACAUGACGGCAGCCCCGAUGGACGUCAGGCAGUGGGUUGAUACUGAUGAGGCAGGUGGUGAGAAUGUUGUGGUGCCUCCAGGAACUUACGUAAAAGUAGCUGGUCAUCUUCGUUCUUUCCAG